GUUUCUUGGCCUCAAAGGCCCCACAGUCCUCCACUUCCUGGGGAGGCAGCAGGCCAAUAAAGCCAGCAGAGACUCUUCUCCUCUUCAUCGUCCCGGCCACCACUGCUUCAGCCUCUGCCUCCCAGCCUCUUUCUGAGGGAAAGGACAAAAUGAAGUGGAAGGCGCUUGUCACCGCGGCCAUCCUGCAGGCACAGCUCCCGAUUACAGAGGCACAGAGCUUCGGCCUGCUGGAUCCCAAACUCUGCUACCUGCUGGAUGGAAUCCUCUUCAUCUAUGGUGUCAUUGUUACUGCCCUGUUCCUGAGAGUGAAGUUCAGCAGGAGCGCAGACGCCCCCGUGUACCAGCAGGGCCAGAACCAGCUCUAUAACGAGCUCAAUCUAGGACGAAGAGAGGAGUACGAUGUUUUGGACAAGAGACGGGGCCGGGACCCUGAGAUGGGGGGGAAACAGCAGAGAAGGAAGAACCCUCAGGAAGGCCUGUACAAUGCACUGCAGAAAGAUAAGAUGGCAGAGGCCUACAGUGAGAUCGGGAUGAAAGGCGAGAACCAGCGCCGGAGGGGCAAGGGGCACGACGGCCUUUACCAGGGACUCAGUACGGCCACCAAGGACACCUACGACGCCCUUCACAUGCAGGCCCUGCCCCCUCGCUAACAGCCAGGGUAUUUCACCACUGAAAGGCCAGACCUGCAGAUAUCCAGAUUGAGACACAGGAUAAAGCAUUUACAACCCGGUUCACUCAUCUCAGCCACGAAAGUAUUACCCUUCAUGUACAGGAUGCUUUGGUCAUAUUCAGCUCCAAAACAUCAGACUGCUGUCCUCGCACUCUUUAAGGGAGUGUGCCCCAGGGCUCAUGGCCCUGGCCUUGGGCCCUCUGAUUUGCCAGUGGUGCAGGCAGACCUGUCUCCUGGCGGCUACGUGUUCUCCCUGGGAGGCUGGCAUGCCGUCUCUUACAGCCGAGUUGUUUUGUAAAAGCCCCAGAGAAACCGCAGAUGCUAGCACUUGCCCUAAUGUCUGUACAGUCAAUGUUUGAGUGGCUUCACCCCUGCUGUAAAUUUGGCUUCUGUUAUCACCUUCACCUCCUUUCAAGGUAACUGUACUGGGCCAUGUUGCACCUCCCUCCCUGGUGAGAGGGCCGGGCAGUGGGGCGGACAGGAAGGGAGCCUAGGUCAGGUGCAGCCAGGGAGCUGCAGGGGCAUGGGAAGGUGGGCAGGCAGGGGAGGCUCAGCUAGGGCCUGCGAGGGCAGCAGGGUGGGGGGGGGAGUUCCCUGCCGGGGGCCUCUGUGCCACACCAUUGAACUGCCACGUGCUAUGGGGGCUGGAAGAUGAACAAGACUGCCCUUGAUGAGCUGUGCACAAAGUGGUAUAAAGAACAGUAUGGUUCCGCGGUGUGAACAAAGUGCCUGGGGGCAAGAGAAGGCCCUUGAUUCGCCUCAGGCUUUCAGUAAAUGACAAAACCAUCAUCGCGAAGGCCUCACAGGAAGACCCAGCACCAUGGGACCUGUAACUGCCCAGCAGACAGUGGCAGGACAGGAAAAACCCCAGUCAAUGUGCUGGGACACUGCUGUGUCAUUACAAGGCACAGCCCAUGGAUGAAAAACGCUCUCUGCUCUGCCUUUUUUCUACUGUUUUAAUUUAUACUGGCAUGCUAAAGCCUUCCUACCUUGCAUAAUAAAUGCUUGAGUGAAAAUGCAGCUUUGCUUUAAGCUUUAUUUCAGCAGUCAGUGUCAGUCAAGCUUGUAAUGGCAAUUUAGUCAUCAAUCGGCAGGUUGCCCUUGGGGGAGGAGGGGAGCAGAACUGCUGAUUCUUGGGAGAGAACAGGACCGUUCCUGGGAACCAGCACGUGAGCACAGGUGCGUCCUUGGAGGCAGGGUCGCACAGUGCAAGUGAGCUGGGCAUCCAGGCUGGUGAGCUGUGCCUUAGAGUUGGGCUCGGUGCAAUACAAUGUGUCAGUACUGGCCCAGGCUUGUGCCAGAACCAGAGAGGGCUAAGGGAAAGGAGCCCUGCAGCCGGCGCCAGCUUGUGGGGUGCAGGAAAACAAGUGGGGGAGAGAGGCCAGCCUGGCACUCAGGCAUCAGAAUAGGCAGCACAUAAGCAGAGGGUGUCUGGGAGUUAUGCACAGCAGCUGACGCCACAGUGUGAAAUGUCUCCGUGCACAGGGUGAGGAAGGGAUGGAGGACAACCAAAGUCAGUUUCCCUCACAAAAGGUGAGGAAGCCUGAAGGGUAAAAGGCAGGGUGGAGUGGGGCAGGAACCAAGGUGCUUAUGGUGAUUCUGGGAUUCCUGAGAGCACUUGGAAAAAAUAAUUUGGGAGAUGAAUUAUGCGAAGAGUCUGAGAAUGUGUGUGUGAAGUAUCCAGAAUACCAAAACACGGCAACUUCAAAGAAACUCCAACAAUGUCAAAACACUUGGAAAAUGGUUUAAUGAUGUUUUACAACAGAAAGAAACUGUACAGUUACAGUAAGUUUAAUAUAUAUAAAAAAUUACAGCAGACAAAUGCAUCUACACAAAAUCUACCAUUUCAUUCUGAUUCACUGUCACCUACACAAUCUCUCCCAAGCCUACAGCCCCUGCAGGCAGCCCUAGGAGGGGGAAUCAUCUAAAGGGCACUUUGAGAGAGACAGCACCGCUCAUAUUCCCCGCCACCUCCUCAAGCCUCGGGAGGCAUCAGCUAAUUCCCCAAAAUGUAAAGUUGCCUGUGUUUCAGGUUUUCAAAACCAAGAAAACGUGUUUCCCAGGGGCACAGAUAACAAGGUCCAGCACACCAAGUUAUCAGCUGAUUCUUAGAAAAUAUUUUUAUCAGAGGGGAAAUAUUUGGCUAACAGGCGCUCUGGGGCAGUACGGCUACACAACAGCCACCCAGAGUGCAGGUUACGUAAGAGAAAUGUAGAAGGACUCCCAACAAACCACCUCAGAAUUGUCACUGCCUCAUUAAAGCUGCUGGACAAUUUCGGAAAGAAUCAUUUACACCACGUUUUAAGUUUCCACAAAGAAGAACUCAAACUCACAUUUAAAGUACAUAAAACAAAAAGUUCUCGGAGGCCAAGGGGCCAAUUCCCCUUGUGCCCUUCCGUUGACAACAGUGGACAAGCACCCCUGAAUUAAUAAUUAAGACAAAAAAGGAAGAAAA